AGGAAAUCAGUUUUAUGCUUCACGCUUUUGGCUUGAUUUAGAAAAGUUUGUUUUUGUUUCGCGUUUAGGUGUGGCGAAAGGGGUCAAGAUAACCCGUUAGAGAAUUAUUAACCGGUUUAAAGCUGCAAAAAGUGAAUGCAGAAGUGGAAAUGGUCGAAACACUUGAGAAUGCAGACGUCAAACAGGUCAGUGCAGAAAAUGCUCUGGUGAUCGCGGUCUCUCACAGCGCCGUGUUUGGAGCAGAAGAAGAAGAGGUUCAAGGAGCCGGAGUCGCCUUCCCUCUUCUACAGGCGGUGCAGAGAGUGAACGAGCGCCUGUUGCAGUUGGACUCAUCUGGCUCUGAGUCUUUUGAGUUUGAGGUGGUUCUGAUCUGCACAAACAGAGUCCAGAGAGACCAGGUCCAGACCAAGACCAGAGCCCACGGUCUGCAAAUCCACCGUUUCAGUUUUUCUGGUGAGGACGACAUCACUGACAGUUUACUGGAAAAUAAAGUCCAGCUUUUUCUGACGACAGACUCAAAUGAGGCCACACAAGCAGCAAACAAAGGAGUCCUGUCCGCUAUCCUGGGGCCUCUCUCAGCCUGUGGACCCUCAGAGCAGCUCAGAGUCAUGUUCUGUGGAGACGCCAUCUUGGAUCCCAGCUCUGAACUGAACACAGGACGUCAUCAGGCCUCACAGAUGUUUUGGUCUCAUCUCGGUAAAAUCCGUCAGAAGUUUGGAGUAGUGGACAGUCCUCUGUCGCUGGUCCUGCUCUCCUCUCAAAGAGACAUAAACAGCUGCAGCAGGUCCCUCCGAUCGCUCCGGACCCUCGGCGUGAACGUGGACGAGGCGUACUGUUUGGGAGGCUCGCCGCAGAAUCCCAUCAUAUCACUGCUGCGACCUCACUUCCUGCUCGGAGCGCCGGAGGAAUGAUGUCAUCAGGUCACAUGAUUAGAAAAUAUGGAAUGAAAGGAGUGUAAAAGGGUCUUUUUUUAACUGUAGUCAAACAUAAGACAUGGUAAAUGGUGAAAAGCGUAGGCUACUGAAAAUUUGUACUAGUAAAGUAAAAGUACAGUUUGAUAGCUACAACUCAGAGUACUGAAACGUAUGACUACUAGUGAGUUACUAGUUAUUUUUACACAACUUUGAUAGCAUUUUGGAUUUUACUGGCCAGUCCCUUCUACAUUCUGACCGAAUCCACUUGGAACGGUCCAACCACAGCACAUUUGUAUCACAUGUUACUCAAAUGCGGAAGACAUCUCUUGAAAAUUCUCAUAUUAUCCAGAACAAAAUAUGUAUGUUAUUAUUUUACCUCAGAUAAAUAAGUGUUUGGUGCUUUGACUGUUGAUUUUGCAGAAAAAAGGCAGUUUCUCAGUCCUUGGUGUAGAUUUUUCUGCUUUGUUUUAAAUGGAAGCUCACCGCCAUGUUUGUUUUCACCCGAACAGAGCAUGUGUCGCUCACUGGUUAAUCAUCUUGUUACUCAGGCCCUCUUGUUACUCAGGAAGACAGGAUACGUUUCCACCUCGUCUUUGUAAAGUUUUUGUCAAAGCGUGUGGUUCUGCCUGGACAGGUCAGUCUUAUUUUAAACAGUUAAAAGCUGAAUUAAAUUGUAGUGCAUAUUCUCAGAGCUGUGGACAAUCCGAGCAGGAGCCAGGCGAUGCGGUGCUGUUAUGUGUGUGGGUUGAGAGAAGAAGAGGAGGAGACAGUGGUGGAUUGGGAGUCAGACUUGUGCUGUACUCAUUUUUAAUGCGGCUAAUUACAGUUACAUGGCUAGAAUUAUACUCAGGUUUAGAUAUUUAGUCAAAAAAGUACAAUUAUCCAAAAACUCUAAGUAGUUACUUUGCCCCCCAUAUUUGUGUUGUUUUUUUUUUUGCAGAGUGACUUUGGCCAGCAGAGGGCAGAAUAUCAGCACUUUAAAACUGAGCAGAGCUUUGAUAACAUUUAGAUAAAGAUUUUUUGUCAGUAAAACCUGCACUGUCUUUGCAUAGAGAUGAUAAAAAUGCAAGAAAAAUACCACAGAGGCCUUAAACUGUCUGUGUGCCUUAAAGGUCAUUAUUAAAGAGGUUUGAUAUUUAAAAAAAAA